UAUGAUUGGAUUUCUAAUUUGCUUGGUUGGAUUGAACCUAACCAGUCUUCAAUUAGAACUUUUUCUCUUAACAACGGAACUGCUUCAACAGUUUACACCAACCUUCAGCAACCCAUAUCACUUACGGUUGACGCAAUUAAUGGUGAGAUAUUCUGGAUCUCAACUACUACAUACUCUAUAAUACGAGGAACCUGGUACAGAAAACCUCCAAAAACCAUUAUAUCUGACUUAGAUGACCCGAUGUUCCUUAAAUAUGACACUACAAGUCAAAGGCUAUUUUGGCUGGAGAGUGGCCUACUCGUAAAAAGUUCACUGCCCAACGGGACAGACAUUAAAAGUCAUAUCAUAGCCUCUCGUGCAACAGAUCUGUUUAUUUACAAGGAUUUCAUUGGCUGGCUAAGUGGAGAGGAAAUUCAUUUUUCAAGCAAAACAUCGUCUGCAUCAGAAGUUUACUUCAAUAUAUUUCCAAACCCAAUGGAGGUUGGGGUAUUUGAUCCAACUCUACAAGAUGAUUUGAGAGGCACUUGUAAAAUUCUCAAUGGAAGAUGUGAUGAUAUUUGUAUUCCUUCAGAAACCGAAAGUAAAUGUGGAUGCGAUAUUGGUUUACAACUUCAAGCAGAUCAAAAGUCAUGUGACAGUAAUAUUCAGAAUACAGAUUUCAUAAUUGUGUCUGAUUUCACCCAUGGACGAAUUCUACAGAUCAAUUUUAAUACAGAAGAAAUUGUGAAACUACCAAUCAAUGUACAACACACCUCAGGAAUAACUUUAGAUAAAAUGACAAAGGAGAUAAUUCAUUCCAAUUCAAUUUCGAGAACAGUACAAGUAUUUUCUCUUCAAGGAAAACAAUCAACCUUGACAACUGUAACAGGCUUUGCUUAUGCUGAGCGUAUGGCAGUUGACCAAUCAACCGGAAACAUUUACUUCACGGCAAUUUCUUCUCAGCCAAAUAGCAGUUAUGUUGGAGUUUUACACAGAACACAAUUAGUUCACAAAAUAUUGAUACAUGACUUGCAAAAUCCAAGAGCAAUUGUAUUAUAUUCAGCAAAAGGAAUACUGUUUUGGACAGAGACUUUGGAAGUUUCCAAAAUAGGAAGGGCAUUCAUGGAUGGUACCUCUAAAGAAUACAUAGUAACAAUCAGUGGUGGAUUCCUAAAUGGUUUAGCUUUGGACUUUGAAACUGAUCGACUCUACUGGACUGAUGGUCAGAGGAACACGAUAGAAUACUCGGAUCUCGAUGGAAGAAACCAACGCGUUUUGAUGACCGACAAGGAUGCACAACUUGUUGACAUUGUGUUAAAUGGACAGUUUCUGUACUAUACGGCAUGGAAUAGACAACGUAUAACAAAAAUUGAUAAAACCAAAGGAACGGAAGUUCCCUUUAUGAAGAAUCACCCAGAGCUUGGACGGCUUGACAGUAUUGAUAUCUAUUCUAACGACAUCAUUGAUGGUAAUUAA